CACGGCCCUGAGGGCAGCUGACCUGAGCAAACACAGCCUUGGAGAACCUGCCCGUGAUGACCAUCAGCCACCUGGUCAAUCUCAAGAUUCUGCACUUGAAAGGAAAUCCCUGGAGGUGUAACUGCAGCUUAGUGGACUUCACCAUCUUCUUAAUAGUGACAAACAUAGAAUAUCCAGAUAACAUAAACGCUACUUGCAAAGCGCCUUCAGAGUUGGAGGGGUGGCCCUUGACCCUCGUGGGAAACCCACUCAGAUACAUGUGCCUCAUCCAGCUGCACAGAGGAGACUAUGCCUUCCUAUUCAUGGUUGGUUUCUUAAUCUUUGCUGCGGGCAUAAUUGCUGCCUGGAUUACUGGAAUGUGUGCAGUGCUCUGUGAAGUUAUCCAUCGAAAGACUGAAGAGACAUUUAUAGCAGAAUAUGCCUCAAAUCUUGAUGAUUCUUCUGAUUCUGAAGACAUGUCCUACAAAUUAAAACUGAUGGAUGAUGAUAUGUAUGGUUCCACCCGCACUCAUUAUGUUUAGAUGCCAUAGACCAAAGCCAGAUGUGCCUUCCCAGAGGAUCCCAGUUCCCUUUAUUGCCCUCUCUUUCCUGCCUCUUCAUGCUGUCCUUAUAAAUUAAAUAAUAUGAACAAAAUAAAAAAAUUCAAUGAUUACCA